AUGAAGUCCGGAAAUUACACAACCAUUGACAACCAGAAUGUUUCUGGAUAUGUUCUUGUAAAACUUCUUCUCCUCUUCUUCAAUUGCGUUUUCAUCACUUCGAUACUAGAUCUGAACCCUAAUUUAUUCGUUGAUUCAACUCUCCAAACCUUUCCCCCAUCUGGAACACAAGGCAAGAUCUCAGGCGGUUCUGGACCUCCCCGCGAUGCUGAUAAUACAUUCUCAAAGCCAGUAUCUGGUUCAUCAGAAGCACAACAAAGUAGUGGUUGGUUCAAGGUAUUCACAGUUACUGCUUACCAGCCUUACUUUGAUGUUGACACAUCCGAUGUUUUAGAAAGAAUCAAAGAUUCCCUCUUGCCCUUUGGAGGAAGCUUCAAUGAAAAAACCGCUAGCAACCCAGACUUGUUUUGA